AUGUACACAACGGCGGCAAGAGUCUCAUCGAGUAGCCAGGAAAAAACAUGGUCUGAAAAGCUGACCCAUAAAGUAGCGAUAUCCAAUGGGUACUCAGCUGGAGAUGGUGCUACCCGACAAGCACGACAUCCCUCUCGAAGAUCCAACGUAGUGGAUGGCCCAGAAAAGAUCCCUUUCUGUUUACCUUAUAUAUCUGAUGAUAUGAGCAGAGCGGUACGGGGUUGUCUACGAAGAGCGGGUCUACAGAAUGACGUGAGGGUUGUGGAAAUACCUCCAGCAAAUCUCAAGGGUCAGUUGGUACGUAGUCGUGCGUAUGAUCGACUCUGCACAACUCCCAGCUGCGUGGUUUGCCCGUAUGGCAGAGAGGGUGAUUGCAUGAUAUCAGGAGUAGUGUGUCGUAUCACGUGCAGGUUGGGCGGUGACGAUUAUACAUGGGAAACGGAACUGUGUAUUAGGGUCAAGGAGCAUCUAGAUGGACUCGCAAAAUCUAAAACCUUCACCCCACUUGGAACACACCGUAGAAUAUGCCAACCAAACCCCGAAGUGAAGGUAGAAAUUCGCAUUUUAUCCUACGAGUCCGAGAUCACAGCACGCAGAACACUAGAGACCUUUUGGAUAACCGCCAAAAGUCCAAAAAUGAACAAGAAUUAUGAGUGCAUUGCUAUCACAAACGUCCCUAUAUCAAAAACUAUGCGGGUUUUGAUCUGCGGGGCGGGCCGUGAGGUCCCUAUAUAA